AUGGUUAAUAUGAAAAAACAUUGUGAAUAUCAAUCUCCGGUUAAAAUUAUCACCAAUAAUAAUAAUAAUAAUGAUAGUAAUGAAUAUGAGAUAUCAACAGAUUAUAUGCAUAAUAUAUUAAUGUUUUUUGAAAGACCAAUUGGUUAUUUUAUAUUCCAUUCAAAUAGUUAUGGUUAUUUAAUUUGGUUAACAUUUGUAUCAUUAGCAUUAUUGUAUAAUUUAUGGGCACCGAUAGCACGUCAAGCAUUUACAGAAUUACAAAUCACUUAUCAAAUUUUAUGGUUCAGUUUAGAUGUAUGGGCUGAUAUAACCUAUUUAAUUGAUAUAUUUGUUCAAUGUAAUACAAGUUAUUUAAAAUGUGGACUUAAAGUUCGUGAUCAUCAAAAAUUAGCAAUACGUUAUAUUAGAUCAUAUAAAUUUUUAAUGGAUUUAUUUGCUUUAAUACCAUUAGAUUUAUUACAGAUAAAAAUUGGUAUACAACCAAUGUUACGUUUUCCAAGAUUUUUUAAAUUAUAUCGAUGUCGUGAAUGGAAAAUUCGUGUAGAGAAUAGAACAAUUUUUCCAAAUUUAUGGAGAGUAUUAAAUUUAAUUCAUAUAUUAUUCUUAGGUUGUCAUUGGUUUGCAGCAUUCUAUUAUCUUUUAUCAAAAUAUGAAAAAUUUAAAAAUCCAUGGGGUUAUCAACCAAGUGAUAAUGGAGAAAAUGAUACAAUAUCAAGAAUAUAUUUAAAAUCAUUUUAUUGGGCUACAUUAACAUUAACCACAAUUGGAGAUCUUAGCGCCCCAACGAGUAGUAUCGAGGUUUCGGAUCACGAAGAUUCAGUAUCCAAUUUAUGGCUUACAUUCACAAUUGUAUCUUAUCUAACUGGAGUAUUUGUAUUCGCUACAAUUGUAGGUCAAGUAGGAAAUAUUAUCACAACAAGAAACGCUGAUCGCAUCGAAUUUGAAAAAAUACUGGAUAAUGCGAAAAGUUAUAUGCGGGCAAAUUCGGUUAGUAAAGACUUACAAAGUCGUAUACUUCGCUGGUAUGAUUAUGCGUGGUCAAAAGGUUGUGGAGGAGGUGGUCAAGAUAUCAAUGCAAUAGGCUUGUUACCAGAUAAGCUUAAAACGGAAUUAGCUUUAAAUGUAAAUUUGGAAACUUUGAAAAAAGUUACAAUUUUUCAUGAAUGCAGACCAGAGUUUUUACAUGAUAUCGUUCUGAAAAUGCGACCGCUUGUUUUUACACCUGGGGAUUUAAUUUGUCGUAAAGGUGAAAUAGCCCGUGAAAUAUUCAUUAUUGCAGAUGGUGUACUUGAGGUUAUAAGUGAAACAAAUGAAGUUCUAUCAAGAAUGAGUGCAGGUGACUUUUUUGGUGAAAUCGGUGUACUCAAUGUUGAUGGAGUUAACAAGAGGACAGCUGAUGUGCGCGCUGUUGGGUAUGCAGAACUAUUUGUCUUAUCCCGGGAGGAUAUACUCAAAGCUUUACAAGAUCAUCCAGAAGCUGAGGUUGUUAUACGUAAACAUGCAACUAGACGUCUGUAUGAAACCCGUGAACGUCAAUAUGCUUAUCAACAUGGAAAAAAAUCAACAACUUCAUCAACUACUUUGCAUAAAAUACCAAAUUCAUCACCUGGUUCUCAAGAAAAUAGUUCAGUGAAAUUUGAAAUACCUCAGAUUAUAACAACACCCAGUCUACCAUAUAUGUUGGAUGAUAAAGAGAAAAGUUCGUCAAGUCAGUUAAUACCAUCAGAAUCAACCAAUCCAGUAGAAUCGACUUCAAAAGACUUAACAGAAUUGAGUGAUGUUAGUACUCAUUUAUCAGAAGCUUUAGACCAAUUUGCUGAUAGAUGGGAAACCAUUCUAAUGAAUGUAAUACAGAAUUAUAGAAAAGAAAUAAAUGAACUGCGUGAACAACUAGUAAACUUCAAUAGAACAACAACAAGUUAA